AGAGCGUGGCCACUACGCCCUGCCCAGGCACACGGACGAGGCGUUGGCGGCGAUCUUGUGCAGUGCAUGCACAGGCGUGAAUUUCUCAGCCCGUGUGUAGUGGCAGGGGACUGCGCCUCGAGUGCUGGCUGAGGCGGUGGCUGCCCAGGUCUGCGACCGUCAGCCGCGUAGCUCCCCGAUAUCCUUGACACACCCCGCCUGUGUCCCCAGCCCUCUCCCUCGCUCCAUGACUUCCAUGAACGCGAGGUUCAAGAACCUGGUUGGUUCUUCGAAGCGCAAGAGCUCUUCGCACACGCCGACGCAGGCUUCGCAGGGCACCUCGACUCCCACGGGCUCGCAGCGCCCAACCUCGCUCUCGCCCCAGGCCUCAAACUCCAGCAACGCCUCGCUCCCCAUGAAUCCCAACAACCCCAAUCUGGGCCGCCCGCCCUCGUACACGUACGCUCCGCCCGGCGGUCUUGCGCCGGGCCCGCCGCACCAGCAGGGCCGCCCGCAGUCGCCGCUGCCGCCCAUCAACACGGGCGCGCCGGGCUAUCCAAACCCCGGCGCCGCUCCCUACGGAGGAGGAUACGGCGCUCCCCCGCCAGCUGGCCCGCCCGGCUACCCCCCGAACCCCGCCGCCAAUCCCGCUGCUGGGGGCUAUGGAGGGGGCUACGGUGCCCCGCCGCCAGGACCGCCCGCCGCAUACAACAGGCCGCCCGUCAUCUCAGAGGCGCCGGGCGAGGGGCGCUCCAAGGCACAGCUGAUUGUGGGCAUCGACUUUGGCACCACCUUUUCGGGCGUCGCCUUCGCCUUUGCUACCAACACCGAGGCCAAGGAAGACAUCAUCACCGAAUGGCCGGGCGCGGGAAACCAGACCAAGCAAAAGAUCCCUACCGUGCUCUACUACGACCAGUACCAGAAGGUCGUCGGGUGGGGCCCUGACAUCGCCGACGCACUGGCCCCCACGGGCUACCCCAAGCCUGGCGUGCAAAAGGUCGAGUGGUUCAAGCUGCAGCUGAUGCUGUCCGGUAACACAUACAUCGACCCCAUCAACCUGCCCCCUCUCCCACCCGGCAAGUCGGAGAUCGAUGUGGCCGCCGACUACCUCUUCCACCUGCGGCAGGCCAUGCGCAACCAGCUGCAGAAGACGCUGGGCGAAGUCUUCAACCGCGAGGAGCGCAACAUCCGCUACUACCUGACCGUGCCCGCCAUCUGGAACGAUGCUGGAAAGGCUGCGACACGUGCCGCCGCUAUCCAGGCCGGCUUCCUUCGUGACGACAACGACAACAGACUGACGCUCAUCACCGAACCCGAGGCUGCGGCCAUGUUCUGCUCCAAGACGGGCCUUCUGAACCUCAAAAUCCAUGAUGCUGUGCUUAUCGUCGAUUGCGGUGGUGGUACCGUUGAUUUGAUUGCGUACGAAGUGGAAGAGGAACAGCCAUUCUCUGUUGCCGAGUGCACAGCCGGAUCCGGUGACUCGUGCGGUUCGACGGCGCUCAACCGCAAUUUCAGCAACAUUCUGCGCGCGAAGAUUAGGAAGAUGAAACUCCCAGACGGCUCCAAGACGGCGGGCAAGGUCUACGCAAAGUGCAUCAUGGACUUUGAGAACAGGAUAAAAGCAGACUUCCGCAACAACGGCCAAAAGUGGGCUGUCGAUGUCGGUAUCGAGGCUGAGUUCCCCGAGGCUGGUAUCGAGGAGGGGUAUAUGACCUUUACCAACGAGGAGAUUCUGCAGUGCUUCGAGCCCGUCGUGAACCGCAUUCUGGAGCUGGUUAGGAACCAGAUCAUUGCUAUUCAGGCGCAGAACAGAGCGCUGCAGAACGUGCUCGUGGUCGGCGGUUUCGGCGCAUCCGAAUACCUCUUCCAGCAGAUCAAACUCCACGUGCCCCCGCAAUUCCAGUCCAAAGUCGUCCGCCCCAUGGACUCAGUCGCCGCUAUCGUCAAGGGCGCCGUCACAGCAGGCAUCACCGAACGCAUCGUCACACACCGCGUCGCGCGCCGCCACUACCUCAUGGCCACGCUGCAACCCUUUAAAGAGGGCCACCACCCGGAGCAGUACCGCGUUCCUUCCCUCGACGGUAAGGAUCGCUGCAAGUACACGCGCCAGAUCUUUGUGCAAAAGGGCCAGCGCGUCAAGAUCGGCGAGCCGGUUAAAGUGUCCUUUUUCAGACAGGUUGCGCCUGGCGCGACGCUCAUGUAUGAGGAUAUCCUGUAUGUGUGUGACGAUGAUGUGUGUCCGGAGUAUACUAAGGAUCCUCGCAUCAAGGAAGUAGUAACCCUCACCUCUGACCUCUCAAGAAAGAACCUCGAAAAGGACUUUGAGCGCAUGGAUACCCCCCAGGGCACGUUUUAUCGCGUCUACUUUGACAUUUACCUCACGCUUGAUGGGUCGGAGUUUAAUGCUGAGCUGGUUUGUCAGGGCGAGGUUAUGGGGAGGUGUACGGCGAGGUUUAGAUAGGUGGGUGGAAUUGCAUGGUUGAUGGGAGAUGUUUGAUGGUUGAUGUGAGACGUGAUGUGAGGUUGUGAGGGGAUGUGAGG